AUGGCAGACAAUAAAACAGAUUUUAGUGUUCCAAUUCAAUCCCCUGAGCAUCAUCAGCAUUCCUACUACUUUAUUCAGUCUCAUGAGCAUAACGGUGGUCAUGAAAUGUCAUUAAAAACAAUUGGAAAUGAAGGCUUAUUUCUUAGUCAUUCAUAUUUGGGAGUAUUUCUUAUUUGUUUAGGAUUAUGGUGGUGGAUUCAAGCCUUAAGAAAGUGUUAUACAUCAAUGAAACGUAAUCAUAUUGAAGAGUAUACUGCUUCUAUUACCCAUGGGUCAAGUUGUUGCUGUUGUGGUUCUAGUAAAAGUCGUUUAGGUGAAGGCAGUUGUAAGCUGAUUAUUUCUUUAAUUGGUAUCAUUAUUGAAUUAAUAAGUUUAAAAUUUAAUCGUCCUCAUGAAUAUGCCUAUUUUCCAUUUUAUACAUCAAUGUGUCUUGCUAGCUUAUUGGAUAUACUUAUCGCGACAAUAAUAACACCACCGAAUGGUAUAGAUUAUAUUGCUCAUGCCUUACCAUUCUUUAUAUUAACUUAUUGUUCACGUGCUCAAUCAUUUCAACAAACUCUUGUUACACAGACAACACGUCUGCUUAUAAGUUAUUGGGGAUUUUUUACUGGUUCAUCAAUUAUUAGUGAAAUGAUAUUGAAUAAAUCAGUAAUCUGGACAUGGAUUAAAUGUUUUGCUGUCAUAUUUCAAGGAUCAUGGAUAUUCAAUACUGGGAUAAUAUUAAAUCCAAUAAAUCGUCAACCAUGGGAUGAGGAUUCACAUGAGAAUUUAAUGUAUGCUGUUAUCAUAUUUGUAUGGCAUAUGUUUUUUAUUAUUAUAGCACAAUUAAUGAUAUUACUUAUUAUUGCUAAAUGUUAUAAUGCUUCACCGAAUUGGACAUUGAAUGAUUUAACGCCAACAACAACAACAGGUGGCGCUAAUAAUAAAUUCAAUAGAAUUUCAACCAGUGGACCAAAUUCAGUAAAUUCACGUGAUAAUAUUGAAUAUACAAAGUUAUUGAAUAAUUCAGAUUAUGCCGAAGAAUAG